AUCCUUUUCCAUAUAAAAAACCAAUCUUUUUCCUCAACUCUAAAUGCCGUCUAUAUCACAAUUCACACCAAUUAUAUUAUUACAAAUAUAAUCUCGUCAUAACAAGUUCCGAAAUCCCGUGAAUUUCACUAAAAAAUCAUAUCAAAUUCCACUACAUUAAAACCAGAUCAGUAGCAACAGGUCGGCAUAGAGUCGAGGGUUUUUCAAAGAUUAAAACUUGGCACGUGCACGUGCAACAAUAAAACCUCUGUUAAAACGCAACAGCACGUGCGAAGGCAUUCUCAUUCAGCCACCCGUACCGCCGGUUAUCCCCCGCCGGUUCAUUCCUCAUUCAACUUACUGACAUUGUGUCAUACUUUUUAUGGUGGAACCAUCUUGAUCAAUUUUGGGGAACAUUGUGCGUGUUCCGAUGGAUUUCAACUUCAAAAAUAAAUUAUGGGCUGGGAACAUUUACCACCAGUUCGAGUCCAUUUGCAAGGAUGUUGAUGGAUUUGUAAACAAGGAUACUGUGAAAUUUGUUGGGAACCAGGUGCAAAGUGUCGGUUUAUCUGUCAAAAGGCUUUACUCUGAUGUAGUGCAAGAUAUACUCCCACUCUCUGGGGACACUGCAAAGCCUGAACAACAAUUGGCAGCUGGUGAAAAAGUUGACAUGCAGGAUCACGUGUCAAUCACUGGCACCGGAGCAACCUCCACUUCUGCUGAUGAAAUGCAAUUGGCAAAGAAUCAGGUCUCUAAUGACCAUAAGGUGCGAAUCUCUAAGCCUGCUGAUGUCACAGAAGCACAAACCUGUCAAUAUUUGACAGAACAAGGCGAUGUUAUGGUCCAGAAUAGAGAAGAAAGUAUAAGUGCAGAAAUGAACGUUACAAAGGAUUUGAAACCAGUGACUGUCAAUUCAAGUUAUGAUAGUGAAUUUUUUUCUGGAAAGUCUUACGAAGAUAUAUCAUCUUCACCUGCAUUUUCAGCUCAUGAAGAAGGUUCUACAUCCAUUGAAGAGGAAAUAAGGGAUUUUAACCAGCAAAAAGAAGAUGAGGGUUUUUCAGAUGACACAAUGCAUCUUUCUGAUACUUCAAGCACUGCUUGGUUAUCUAAAAGCACGUUGGUUGAGGAUCCAUAUUUAGAUGUAAAUGGAAGUUUAUCUUCUCCACCAGUACCUGUUUCGAUUCAUAAAGUUGAUCAAGAUAAUUGUCCACUGAUGGAUUCACCACUUCCUCCUACUUGUGAUGUUGAUGACGGGGCUCAGGAAAAAUACAGUGCUCUGUCGAAAAGCUGCUCUACUAAAGAUGACAGUGUUGAUUUAUCAACCUCUGUCCAGUCAUCUGAACAUAUGUUUCCAUAUUACUUUUGCAAUGAAAAAGAAGAAAAAAUAGCCCUUAUGCCUUCCACUUCUUGUACAUCCCUAAAGUCUUCUAUAACUACGGAGUCUACAUCUGCAGACCUUUCUAAGGAGGCUGAAAACAUCCUUCACUCCCGUAGUAGUAAUAGUAGUGUAUCUGACUGCUGUACUUAUAAUAUUACUGCUGCAUCUUCCAUAAAGGUGGACGGGGACCCUGCUUUUCUAAUGAUGGAGUCAAAUGAAUUGCACACAGAUAGGUCAGAAUCUGUGGAUGGUUCAUUUGAAAGCGAGCAUGAAGAACAUUACAAGAAUGGCCAUUCGAAAAUAGUAAUGUCUCCAUCUGAAACUGUCGGUGACCUUGAUUUGGAAAACGUCGACCUUUCCUCAAAUGUGAAGCAUGAUGGAGGAAGUGUCAUUUUGUAUAGCAAUUUUGCCGCAGCUGGCUCUUAUAGAAGAAAAAAUUUCAGAUAUUAUAAGAAAUUAAUACAGGGUGCGUUUACUUCUCAAAAGAGGCUAACCAAGGAAUAUGAGCACUUGGCAAUAAUGUACGGCAACAUUGAUGUGGAAUCAAAUCAGCAUUAUAAGCCAAGUUCUCUGUUCUCAUCUCCGUACACAGCUCUACAUGCGGAGAGAACACAGUCAUCUCGAGAGAUGAGUGAAAAUGAGUGGGAGCUUCUCUGAGUGUCGUCUUUCCACCGGAGGGGGACUAAUACAGUAAGCUGGUGAAGAUGCUCUAUAUAUAUAUAUAUCUGCAUUGUGCUGUGCUGCAUCAUAUACUGCCAUACCGAUACUGCUUCCUUCUUCUUCUCGACUGUUCCCCGACCUAUUCUCCACAGGAGGAAAAGGGUGUCACCUAACAUUCCAUCAUUCCAGUCUGUCAUAUUAUUGAUUGGUCGCGAUAAUCUUGUAAAAGAAGCGCGUACAAAAUCUCAUUCCAAGUAUCAGGCACUCCUGGUAAGCACCAGUGUAUGCAAUCUGCAAAAUUCUUGGGGUCGGAUCUCUGUUCUUUUGUUAGGAGCUUUCCCUUUCUUUCUCCAAAAAUUGAAGCGUGGCCGUCUUUUCUAUAUUCAGACAAUUGGGUAAUGUUCAACACUGUCACGUUAACCUUCACCCGCCCGAGUACAUCUUCUACGAUCCCCAUGAUGUCGAGGUUCGAACCAGUUCCCCAGUACGGUCCUUCAAUGGGGUGCGUCUCGUUGAAACAAUUGCCCUCUGUUCCAUGCUUCCAUUCCCAACUCCUUCAUAAUAUUUGGUAAUAGAUUAGAUUGACAAUAUAUAUGAUUGAGUAUCUGAAUCAAACAAGUGGUGGGGACGACUUACCAUAAGUGCGUAGGAGACAUUGUCGCGAAGAAGAUCUUCUGAGUUUCCCGGUUGACGCGAGAGUCGACCCAGUUUGCCCACGUCUCCAUUGCCGAUCUAUACGCAGUUGUGACAUUGUAUUCUUGGACGUCGUCUAGAGAUCCAUACCUGUAAAAGUAGAAUCACUGCUACUCAUAAUUCUGAACCUGAACAAGGUAUAGUUAAAAACUUAGUUCAUACGUGG